CACGAAUCUUAGCCAAGUCAAGGCCAUGAAGGUUCUGAAGGCGGUUCAUGUUUGUGAUGUGCCUAAUCUCGACCAAGUCCCGGAGAAUGCCGCGUCAGCACUCUGCUCAUCUCGUUUCCGGGCAGGUGUUAAUGAUGAAGAAGAAUGCAAAUGCAAGAUUCCCAAGUUUCUGGUGAUGGGCCACAGGGGAAACGGAAUGAACAUGUUGCAAUCCUCUGAUCCCAGAAUGAAAUCCAUCAAAGAGAAUUCUCUUCUUUCUUUCAAUGAGGCGGCUAAGUUUCCUAUCCAUUUCGUUGAAUUUGACGUUCAGGUGACGAAAGAUGACUGUCCAGUCAUUUACCAUGACAACUUCAUCCUCCAUGAAGAAAAGGAUGCCAUUGUUGAGAACAGAGUUACAGAACUUACUUUGGCUGAUUUUCUCUCCUAUGGACCUCAGAAACUCCCUGGAACUGAGGGAAAACCAAUUUUCAGGAAACUAAAAGACGGAAGGAUCUUCGAGUGGAAGGUUGAUCAAGAUGCUCCUCUGUGUACACUCGAAGAAGCUUUCCAGAAUGUCGAUCGAUCACUAGGCUUUAAUGUUGAAUUGAAGUUCGACGAUCUUGUUGAUUAUACAGAAGAAGAACUCUCACGUAUACUGAAAGCUAUCUUGAAGGCGGUGUUUGAGAAUGCAGAGGGAAGAGCAGUCAUGUUCUCGAGCUUUCAACCAGAUGCCGUCCUGUUGAUUAGAAAAUUGCAGAGCGCAUAUCCUGUAUAUUUCCUCACCAAUGGAGGAACUGAAAUUUACACAGACGUGCGACGGAAUUCGUUGGACGACGCUAUUAAGCUCUGCGUCGAUAAUGGCUUGCAAGGGAUUGUAUCCGAAUUCAGAGCUGUAUUCAGAAAUCCCGGAGCUGUUGCAAGAAUCAAAGAAUCAAAGCUCUCCCUCAUAACCUAUGGUCAAUUGAAUAACGUCCCGGAGGUUGUGUACAUGCAAUAUCUAAUGGGUAUCGACGGAGUUAUCGUCGACUUGGUUAAGGAGAUUAGUGAGUCGGUGUCGGAUGUAACCCAAGUGGAGGAGGAAGAGAAAAGCUCUUACGGAGAGGACGGGAAGAUUGAAGCAAAAGCGAAACCACAAUUUUCGGUUGAAGAACUCUCCUUUCGAAUGAAGGUUAUACCAGAGCUGAUGAUUCAGCCUUGA